AUGCCUCCGCCAGAACAGGGGACAGGUGAGACGGCGUCCGGCCGUCGUCGCCGUCUGCUGACUCGCGUCGUCGAGGCGGUCCGAGAGAUGCGCAGCUCGCGCGGAUGCUCCGCCAAGCAGAUCCUCGAUCGCCUCAACAGCGGGUCGCCCGAGAAGGAUGAAGUGGAUAAGGCCCGGCUGGUGAUGGCUCUGAAGAGAGGCAUCAAGACGGGCACCCUGGUUUGCCGAGCCGGGCGCUACCGGCUGAAGGCAGACGAGCUGGCCUGCAGGAGGCGACGCAGGAGCUGCCGCAGGCGUCGCCGCAGCUGCCGGAGACGCCGCCGCCGUAGCUGCCGCAGGCGUCGCCGCAGCUGCCGGAGGCGACGCCGCCGCAGCUGUCGCAGGCGCCGCCGCAGCUGCAGGCGCAGGAGGCGCAGGUCGUGCAGGCGCCGCCGCCGUCGCCGUCCCAUCUGCUGCCCGCCCUGCUGCCCACCCAGGAGAAGGAGACGCAGCAGGAGGCGUCGGCGCUGCGCCAGUGAAGACGACUGGUCGGAGGCGGCGUCGCUGGCCAGCAAGACGGCGGACGGCGGCGCGGCGAACGCCGGGGGCGGCCAGGACGCCGGCGGGCUGGUGCAGAAGGCGAAGGCGGACUAG